CAGGGCGGCGGCCCCAAAGUUCCUUAUCCCAAGCAUGUCUGGUCGCCGGCUGGCGGCUGGUACGCUCAGCCUUCCAACUGGAAGGCCAACACGGCUGUCAUGGGCCUCGCCGUCCUCGGUAUCACAGCUCUUGUAUGGAAAGUGAGCGCCGAGCGCGAGUUUCGCCAUACGAUGCCCGAACCGGGGCGCUUUUAUCCGAGCAGAUAUUGGAGCAAGCAGAUAAUCGAGCACGAGCGGGCGCAAAAGGAAAAGUCCCAGGACUCGUCAUGA